AUGUCUAGAUUGAAAGGAAAAGAAAUUCUUGAAACAGAAUCUUUGUCCAGGCAGCAUUCACCAGGUGAAAACUCCCUUAGUGAAGACGAGGUUGCUUUAGAAAAAGGCGUUAAAAGGAUAAGGCUUGAAGAAAGACUAAGUCAAGAAGCCUCCGUUGCCUCCUCUUCGAGGCGUAGUUCUAAUACUGAGAAACUCUCAAGACAAAAGGCAUAUGAAGA